AGCGGUACCACCCACCCCCCUUCUUCCACCAAGUUAGAAGUUUAGUAGCACUUCUGAACUUGCCAAAAUGGCACUGGCAGACGACAGCGGUUACGAGUCGGUGAUCUGUGUAAAGCCAGAGGUUCAUGUAUACAAGAUCCCACCCCGCGCCACUAAUCGUGGAUAUAGAGCUGCUGACUGGAAACUAGAUGAGCCAGCAUGGACCGGCAGAAUGAAGAUCAUCUCCAUAGGAAAGCUUGUCUAUAUCAGACUACAGGACAAGAACUCGGGAGAGUUGUUUGCCCAAGCCCCAGUGGAGCAGUAUCCUGGAUGUGCAGUGGAGGCCGUCACAGAUUCCAGCAGAUAUUUUGUGGUGCGAAUAGAGGAUGGCAGUGGACGACAUGCAUUUAUUGGCUUGGGGUUUUCUGAUCGUGGGGACUCCUUUGACUUCAACGUGGCUCUUCAAGACCACUUCAAGUGGGUGAAGCAGGAAGGUGAGCUGGCUAAAGAGGAAGCAUCUCAGAGCAAAGCCCCGAAACUGGACCUAGGCUUUAAAGAGGGCCAGACUAUCAAGAUCAGCAUUGGGAACAUAAAGAAGAAGGAUCCAGGCACCAAGCCUCGGCCGAUGGGGAGCGGUCUCCUUCCCCCACCAAUGGCUAAGGGUGCAGUCCAUGUUCCUCCUCCUGGAGGUCAGCAAGCACCCCCGUCGGCACAGUCCAAAACAGCUCCUCUUUUAGAUUUCGGGGGCCCAGUCCCUGCAGCUCCACCUCUCGCAGACAUGUGGGGAGACUUCACAGCGGCUGGCGCCAGCUCCAGUCAAGACACUGCUAAAGGAUGGGUGCAGUUUUAGCUGCGAUGUGGACCACACAUGCACACACUCUCACUCACUCUCAGGCUUCUUACAUUCCCUGGACAGAAUGAUUGUGACAACAGAAAUGAGAGGUGGGGAAGCUGUCAGCUGACAUGUUGCUUGAUACAAAUGAUGCUCUACAUUACAUGCAUUAUUUGCAUACUUAGAUGUAUAGAUUGAAACUCUCACAGGUCUGAGACCAGCACAUUCUUUGUUAAAUACAAAGGCAAUAUUUCUAUACUAUGAUAUUUUAACUAUGCAAGUGACAUUGAUUAAGUAUUGAUACCUCUAUUGUGGUCACUCUGACCAGAUGAAAAUUAUGUGCAUUCCAUGUUGAUAACAUUUUGAGGUGGUCUCUUCAUCGCCUCUGUAUGUCAAUCCCUAAUUUCUCUACAUUUUUACACUAAUCUGGAUGUCAACUCUUGACGUUUGCUUAUCUGUACUGUCUCCUUUGACCCAUUACUUCUCAGUCCUGUCCAGCACCAUUCAUCAUCUCAUUGAGUAAUUCUGCAUCUUUAGGUGUAGAGUAUUUGUAUGCCUUAGUUUUGUUUGCGAGGGUGAAUCAUAUUAUUUUUUUUGUUUUAUGUUCAAGUAUAAUCUUUGUCCCUUUUGUAUUUAUUGUAGAGAAUAUGAAGGACAGGUGUGUUGAAGUCAGGUUUGUUCUCAAUUCAGAAUUGUUUGGAGUGGUUAGAGCAUAUGACCAGUCGACAAAGUGUUUAGAUCAAAUCACCAAGGUGAAAGACCUGCCCUUGAGCAAGACCGUUUACCCUAAUUCCUCCUGUAAGUCCGUUUGGAUAAGAGCGUCUGCUAAAUGACUAAAAAUUGAAUGCUUUUAAAUUAAUUCUUUCAUUUUGAUUGAAGUAGUGAAAAAUAAUACAUUGACAUUUGAAUAAAUGAAUUCGAUAUAAAAAUAUAGUUAUUAUAUUGACACAGUAUAUAUGGGAAAUAAUGUGCAGUAUUUUUGCUAAAUAUAUGUGCAUGAGCAUCUGAUGGCACAAUGGUAUCUUAAGAGCAUCUGCUAGAUUAACGAAAUAUGUCAAAUCAAAAUGUUCGAACCAUGAAGACUUAUACAGAAUGACUUACAAUCAGUGCUGGCUAUUUGCAAAUAUUUUGACAAUUAAUGAAUUAAUCACAUUUUGUUGAAUAUCCAGAAUACUAAAGUUCUCAAACUUUACAUCUUGUGGGCUUUGGCCGAUUACAUAUGAAUUAACUCAUUAACUGAAUGAGAGUCAAUUUCAAAAUUCUGAAUUGAGUACAACUUUGGUGUGAGUGUCUGGCUAUCAGUUCACAUGAUUGGAAGUUGACUCUGUUUCAGAGUUUGUACCUCCCUCUAAACUGGCCUCUUGGCUAAGACAAAGUACAUCUGAUAUCUUACACCUUCAGUAUAGGAGCCUGUGCAAAUAAGACAACAUCGACAUUGUUUAAGAAGUUUGGUAGAAGGGACUUUAUUUUUAUUUUUCAUGUUUGUCUUUUUUAUUGUUUAUAUACUAUAAAUCUUUAGCUAUUUUCCUGUCCAGUUUGGUGGAUUUUAAUUUACCUUAGUAGUGCCUUUCAGUAAAUGGAGUUAUUGGGGUUUUUGGCUUUAUUUUGCAAAAGAUAUUUGCUCCAAGUGCCUUUUACGCAAAUCAAAAUCACCUGUAUAGAAUGUAAAGCAACAAUUUAUUGUAAAUAAAAACUUCAGUUAUUUCACUGUU